GCUUUGAAAUAGAACUAUUUAUUAGAAAACUUAGAAUAAUUUGCAAAACAGCCAGUCCAAACUUUGGUGAGAGGACACCAAAGCCUUUGAACAUCAGAACCAAGAGAAAGGCAAGAUGAGCACCGCAGGAAAAGUGAUUAAGUGCAAAGCUGCUGUGUUGUGGGGCCUGAAUCAACCCCAUUCCAUUGAGGAAAUAGAAGUAGCCCCACCAAAAGCCUAUGAAGUUCGAAUUAAGAUGUUGGCUACAGGCAUAUGUCACACAGAUUAUGAUGGAACCACAGGAACCAUGCCUGCUAGGUUUCCAGAAGUUGGAGGACAUGAGGGAUGUGGAGUUGUAGAAAGUAUUGGAGAAGGAGUAACUAGCAUGAAACCAGGAGACAAGGUCAUCCUGCUUCCUGUCCCACAGUGUGGAAUUUGCUCUUCCUGCAUGCACCCGACUUCCAAUUUCUGUGAGAGGAUUGAUAUUACAGGUAGGGGAGUACUGCGUGAAGGCACUAGCAGAUUUACCUGCAAAGGGAAAACCGUCUACAACUUCAUGAAUUCUAGUACCUUCAGUGAGUACACAGUGGUGGAUGAAGUUGCAGCUGUGAAAAUUGAUGCUGCCGCUCCAGCUGAGAAGGUGUGUGUGAUUGGCUGUGGAUUCUCUACUGGAUAUGGGGCUGCAAUCAACACUGGAAAGGUCCACCCUGGAUCCACUUGCGUUGUGUUUGGGCUGGGAGGAGUUGGCCUUUCUGUUGUGAUAGGCUGUAAAGCAGCCGGUGCUUCCCGGAUCAUUGGAAUUGACAUCAACCCACGCAAAUUUGAGAGGGCCAAGGCUGCAGGGGCCACUGAGUGCAUCAACCCUAAGGACUACACAAAGCCCAUCAGCGAGGUGCUGAAGAAAAUGACUAACAAUUCUGUGGACUACACCUUUGAGGUCACUGGAAACCUUGAUACCAUGAUGGAUGCCCUGGCUUCUUGCCAUAUGAAUUAUGGGACCAGCAUAAUAGUUGGCGAUCCUCCAGCAGCUGCAACGAUCACCUUUGAUCCCAUGCUGGUGUUCACUGGACGCACCUGGAAAGGAUGUAUUCUUGGUGGUUGGAAAACCAGAGAUGACCUCCCAAAACUAGUGUCUGACUUCAUGGCAAAGAAAUUUGACUUGGACCACAUAAUAACCCAUGUUUUACCUUUUGAUAAAAUCAAAGAUGGAUUCAAUCUGCUCCACAAAGGAGAAAGCGUUCGAACAGUCCUGACUUUUUGAACUAGGAAGUGAUAGGAAGUACCUGUGGAUCCAUCAAUAGUCUCAUUCUCUGGUAUUUCAUUUUCAUAUAAUAACCAUAGGGCAUAUAUGGAUCUUUCAUGUGGGUAAAACAUGAGACAGAAAUUAAACAUGUUAGAAAAAAUAAACACAACUUCUUAAAUUAGGGAUUAACAUGAUCGCUAACAUAAUUUAAUUUACCUGGGAGAGUAGUAAGGUACUACUGGUAAUCUUAAGAUUUUUGGUGUUUCAUCUAAAGAAAGUGAUUUAUAUUGGACUAGAAAUCAUCAGAUAAAGGUGUAAGCUCUUCUUACUUUUUACUAAAGUGGAUAUUUUAAGGGAAAUGAUAAUAUCCAUGCAUUAAAUUAAUGAGUGUAAAGGACAGCUCCUUAUAGGAUUCUAAUUAUCUAUUUCAAAUGAGGUAGGCAAGACAGAUGGGAUUAUGUUAUUGUAAUACCCUAAACCAGAUAUUAUCUGUUUUAAGUAUUGACAAGGAAGGUCUUAUAAAGACUUUUCAAAUUAUAUUUCAAAAUAUACAUACAUAUACGUACAAAUGUUUUAUAUAUAUUUACAUAUCUAUGACUAUAUACAUUAUAUAUACACUCGACAAAAAGCCUGCAUCUGUCAUCUUCCUUGUCUUAUCCCCUUAUAUUUCAAAGAAUAUGAAUACUUUGUAGUAUCUCUUUCAAAAAAUCAAUUGAAUUCAUAAAGUAAAAUAGUACAUUUGUCAUAUGAUACAGUUUACUUGCUUCAAUUAAGAAACAUGAAUGUAUAUUUUAAAGAAAGUAUAUCAUUCAUUUACAUACAACAAGUAUUUAUCUAGUAUAUUUUGUGCACCAUGCCCUAUAUUAUACACUGGGGUUACAAAGCAAAAAACAAGAAUGAUAAUUCCUGCCUUCAAGGAGCUGACAGUAUUUUCAUACAUUUCAUAUAUUUUUAUAAUUCAUUUCAAGAAGCAUUGUCAAAUAAUUUGAUGUAAAUUUUAAAAUAAGUGUGGAAUAAGAGAAGAGAGAUUAUACAAAGACUGAGUACCAAAGUUUAGAAAAAAUGUGCAUUUUUCCUAUUUUGAAUUGAGUGAUAAAAAUAUAUUCUGAAUCCCUUUAUGAGAAUUUCCAAAUGAACAUGCAAUUCAGUUUUAAUAAAGCCAAUUCUGUAUUGAUA